AUGGAGUACCCAAAGGUAGAGAGGGGGUCGUCAUCGGCAAUUCAUACAUUGGUCGAUGAAUUCGAACAGCGGCUAAAGAUCCUGAAACAACUAGGAGAGAAGACGGAACAUUGGGGUGCAAUGAUAGGGCACUGGAUGUGUUCCAAAUUGGACAAGAAGACGCUCCAGUUAUGGGAGGAUCACGCGGCUUCAACAAAGGAUCCGUCAUUCACGAUUCUGGUGAAUUUCCUAGAGAAGCGAACAAGGGUAUUGGAAGCGGUUUCAUCGAACGUCGAAUUGAAAGGUCAUUCACUGCAGAGGGUGGAAGUUAGACGUCAGAGAGUAGUAGCUCAUUCCGCUACCGACAAUGAGAAGAAUGGUUCAGUCUGCUGUUGUUGUGGGGACUCGCAGUACUUGGGUCGAUGUGGCAAGUUCAGUAGAAUGACACUGAAAGAAAAAUUGCAGUUCGUGAACGGCAAACGGUUGUGUAGCAACUGCUUAAAGUCUGGUGGUAGUAUCGGUAACAAUGUUAAACUGCUUGGCAAAUCGGAGAAUAAACGAAACGACAAUACGAUAGCAACAAAUUUAGCGACCAACGAGGAUGAGUCUGAGAAUGCGGAAGAGGGAAUUGACGAUCAAGGUACGGUUGGAGCAUACAACGUAGGGACCAAAGGUGGUAAUAUCUCUAGCGUAUUUUUGUCGACCGUUGUUCUGGUCAUACGGGAUCAACACGGAGGGAAAUAUUUGGCCCGAGCAUUGCUUGACAGCGGCUCGCAAGCAAACAUUUUGAGUGAAAGACUCUGUCAGACACUCGGUCUGAAGCAACGCACGAUAAACGUACCAAUUAGCGGAAUUGGUCAUUCCGAAACACGAGCAAGAUUCUUGGUGACCACAACUAUCAGUUCUAGGAAGGUUACGUCAGAACUGCCAUCGGCACACAUACCGGUGGCACAUUGGAGGAUUCCAAAUGGAAUUCUAUUGGCUGAUCCGAACUUCAAUGUCAGUAAUCGGAUCGAUAUUUUGAUUGGAGCGAAGCACUUCUAUCGGUUCCUUUUCGAGGGUGGGAUGAAACAGAUUACAUUAGGGCCAGGUUUGCCGAUGCUUAUAAACUCCGUAUUCGGUUGGAUUGUAACGGGAAAGGUUUCAGAAGCGCAGAGUAAGAUGGUUAAUUGCUGUUUAGCGACAGCAUCGGAUAAUUUGGAGAUCCAGCUACAGAAGUUUUGGGAAAUCGAGAGCAUUGAAGAUCGAGUGGCUUGGUCAAAAGAGGAGCAAGACAGCGAAGAUCAUUUUUCAAAAACAUUCAGUCGCACAAGGGACGGUCGGUACGUCGUACGUUUACCGAAGCAGGUCAAUUUUGAUCAACUUUUGGGUAACUCUCGCACUAUGGCACUAUCACGAUUCAACAGGUUAGAAAAGCAAUUGGAACGGAAUCCGGAAAUGCGUUUGCAGUACAAUGCAUUUAUGCAAGAUUAUUUGGAUCUCGGACACAUGAGAGAGAUAACUGGAGAGGAGAUCCAUGAGCAGACAGCGGCAACGAGUGCCAAAAGGGUAUAUUACCUACCGCACCAUGCGGUAUUUAAAGAUUCCAGCACUACGACAAAGGUGCGCGUCGUAUUUGAUGGUUCGGCCAGCACGGAUAAUGGUUAUUCCCUGAACGACGCCCUUUUAAAGGGUCCUAUAAUUCAGGAUGUGCUCCUCAGCCUGCUCCUUCGGUUUCGUAAAUAUGAAGUAGCACUUGUUGGUGACACGGAAAAAAUGUACCGGCAAGUGCGUGUACACAAUGAUGACACCGGAUUACAGCGCAUCUUCUUCCGGUUCUCACCGGAUGAACCUAUACGAGUUUAUGAGUUGACAACGGUAACUUAUGGGUUGACGCCCUCGUCAUUUUUAGCGAUUCGCGCUCUUCAUCAACUUGCGGCGGAUGAAGGAGCAAAAUACCCAGAAGCUGCUAAAGCUAUAAUAAGAGAUUUUUACGUGGAUGAUUAUAUUGGUGGAGCAUCCAGCGUAGAUGAAGCCAUUCAGCUUCAAAAGGACCUUGAUACACUGAUGAAAAAUGGCGGAUUCACCUUACGCAAAUGUUCCAAUAAGCCAGAAGUUCUAGCUGGCAUCUCGGUCGAACAUCUUGGGAAUAAUUUAUCAGUUUCAUUCGAUAUAAGUCCCAAGGAAAAGGUGAAAGCUCUGGGAAUCACCUGGGAACCUGGGACGGACCAAUUACGGUUCUACUAUUGCAUCACAGCAAGCGAGCAGGCAUGGACGAGAAGGAACAUUCUAUCGUCUAUAGCCAAGCUUUUUGACCCGUUGGGACUUAUCUCACCGGUGAUUAUUGUGGCAAAAAUGCUGAUGCAAGAGCUCGCUCUGCUCAACUCAGGAUGGGACUUGCCUGUUCCUGUCGACAUUGAAAGAAAGUGGAAGACAUUCCACUCACAAUUGGACAAAAUUUCGGAACUAAGGAUUAAUCGUUUCGCAUUCGUAUCCAAAUGGGUUGAUAUUCAGUUUCAUAGUUUUGCUGAUGCUUCUACCCUAGCCUACGGUACGUGUUUAUACGUACGGACGACAGAUGAAGCCGGGAACGUUAGAAUUGAAUUGUUAUCGUCCAAAUCACGUGUCGCUCCGCUGAAACGACUGACGUUACCUCGUCUUGAACUUUGCGCCGCCAAAGAGGCAGCUCUGUUGCAUUCGAAGGUAACUAAGGCUCUCUCAUUGGAAAACGUACGCACGGUAUUCUGGUCCGACAGUACAAUUGUGCUACAUUGGCUGAGAACUCCACCAAACUCAUUACAAACGUUUGUGGCUAACAUAGUAUCAAUGAUUCAAACCUACACCUACUCCUAUUCUUGGCACAUGUAG